UGUGUGUGUGUGUGUGUGUGUGUGUGUGUACUCCCUCACUCCGCUGUUGGACUGUUCUUGCUCCGGACUCUGACUGAAGACAGAAAAUAUUAAAUAAGAUUUUAAACACAGGUUUUCCAGCAGCUCGGCGAUCGGAGUGUCGAUGCGAAGCUUCUGCAGAAACUCUCCGGUUUUGUUUCCUCUUUUCCUGGGAAAUAAAAAGGAAAUCUGGGAGUCGCGCCAUGGUCUGUGGGGAGGAUCUGCUCAAUCCAGGACCAUGACCUCCUCCAGCAGCAGAACCCGCUUUGCUCCUUCUCAAGGCGACCAAAUGACCUGAAGGACUGAAGGUUUGAGGACACAGCACCCCCUGCUGGACUCCGGCUGCAGCUGCAGGCCAUGGCCGAGCCCAGUUAUUCCGACCUGAUCGCCAAACAUUACAACUACACCGGCAAGUUCCGCAAGCCGACCCAGCAGCAGGACUCGGGUCUGAAGGCAGACUCGGUGAUCUUCAUCAUCGUCUGCUGCUUCAUCAUCAUGGAGAACAUCCUGGUCCUGACCACCAUCUGGAGGACCAAGAAGUUCCACAAACCAAUGUACUACUUCAUCGGGAACCUGGCGUUGUCCGACCUUCUGGCCGGCGUCGUCUACACCGCCAACAUCCUGCUGUCCGGCGCCAACACCUACAAGCUGACGCCGACACAGUGGUUCUUCAGGGAGGGCAGCAUGUUCGUGGCGCUGGCGGCCUCCGUCUUCAGCCUGUUGGCCAUCGCCAUCGAGCGCCACCUCACCAUGCUGAAGAUGAAGCUGCACAACAACGGGAACACGUUCCGGGUCUUCCUGCUGAUCAGCACCGUGUGGAUGAUCGCGGCGGUGCUGGGCGGACUGCCGGUGAUGGGUUGGAACUGCAUCCGGAGCAUGCCGCAGUGCUCCACCGUGCUGCCGUUGUACCAUAAGACCUACAUCCUGUUCUGCACCACCGUCUUCAGCAUCAUCCUCAUGGCCAUUGUGGUUCUCUACGCCCGGAUCUACGCACUGGUGCGCACCCGCAGCCGCAAACUAGUCUUCCGCAAAGUCACCAACGGCCGAGGAAGCGCCAGCGCCAACAACAAGAGCUCGGAGAAGUCGAUGGCGCUCCUGAAGACCGUCAUCAUCGUCCUGAGCUGCUUCAUCGCCUGCUGGGCGCCGCUGUUCGUCCUGCUGCUGCUGGAUGUGGCGUGUGAGACCCUGACCUGCCCCAUCCUCUACAAGGCCGAGUGGUUCCUGGCGCUCGCCGUCCUGAACUCCGCCAUGAACCCGCUCAUCUACACGCUGACCAGCAACGAGAUGCGCCGGGCCUUCCUCAAGACGCUGCUCUGCUGCACCGCCUGGAUCCGGCCCAAACCCAAGUUCACGGGACCGCUCAUGGGCGCGGAGUUCAGCCGCAGCAAGUCCGAUAACUCCUCACACCCCAACAAGGAGGACGCCGAGUACUCACCCAAGGAGACGACGGUGGUGUCGUCCGGGAACCUCACCUCGUCGUCAUAAACACAGAGACGUGGACGGGUCAGACUCGUGAUUCUUCAUGUCUUUUAUUGGAUCGGAACUCUUUGGACUAAUGGAGACUCUCCAAAUGAUGAAACCCUGAAAUCCACUCUGCAUGUAGCUCUUAAUGUCCGUCCGGCGUAACUUCGGACUCCAGUCCAUUGUGAACUGGUGCUGUUGAUGAAACAGAACAUUUUCCUGAAGAGAAGGCGACGGGAUACUGGAAGCACUGGGAAGGUUUAGACCAGUUCUAGAAGGGAAACGGGUUUUUUCUUUAACCAGACUUUAUUCUCACCUUUCUAGGCCAACUAGAACUUGUAGCACUUAAAUACACUACUGCCAAUUAUUUAAAAGAUUAGUUCCUAUAAAAUGUAUCUCCUCAUCCACUGCACUUAAAGAAACACCAUAAUCUGGAAACCUGGGUGUGAAAUCUACGAUGGAGUAUCAGGGCCAGGCUGGGGGGGAAAAUACGAGAAUACAGUUAAAAAAUACAAAAAAGAAUAAAUUAAUAUUACUGAAAAAACGUCAUACAGCAAGUCAAAAGUACUAAAAUAAACUAAUUUCAAGAAAAAAGUUUGUACGACAUAAAGUCAUAUGAGUCGUAACAAUCCAA